AAUGCACGAGACAAGAUUGUCAUCUUCGCCUGAACAGCAUCCGUGCCAACGUUAUUAUCAUUGCCAAAAUCUUGGCGCGUGUCUUGCAGGGGGAUUUGUUGCAGGAAUGGUUGAAUUUUGAGACUCACAGUAUUUUUGACAGGACUGCUUCAAGAUCUUUUGCUGUACUAAACAAAAGUUUAUGUUUUUUUUUCUUGAGGAAUUACUUAUCGUGUGAAUUCGGAAGUGUUUUAGGUGAGAUUUUAGUGAGUUCUCUGGAUAAUAUCAACGACGUGUGAUAAUAAGUGCCAAGAAAAACACUUUAUUGAUUUGUGGAUUAUGAUGAUACACAUACAAGUACAAUCAUCAUGCUCAGUGUGUGUUGUUAUAUGAACUGCAUUCUCCCUGUCAAAGGACAUCUUCACAGUACAGGAUAUUGAUGGAAUAAGACAGUUUCAGCGGAAGCUGAUAUUUUAUUUUUUUGUGUAUCCCAAACUGUUUUCCUGUUGUGCUAAAUAUCUGAUUAAGAAGAUUCUGUAAGCUGACCCAUUGUGACUCACGAUGACUGUGAAAGACUGUAAGCCUGUAGACGCAAAUUGUGCCCAGGAAAUGGACCCAUUCAUGUCUCAGGAUAGUGAAAAUUUGCUUGGCAGAGUUCUAGCAGAAUUCGAUGGGACGACAGUACUUUGUCGUGUUUGCGGUGACAAGGCUUCAGGCUUCCAUUAUGGAGUACAUUCCUGUGAGGGCUGUAAGGGGUUUUUCCGACGCAGCAUCCAACAGAAGAUCCAGUACCGCCCUUGCACCAAGAACCAGCAGUGUUCUAUACUAAGAAUCAACAGGAAUCGUUGCCAGUACUGCAGACUGAAGAAGUGCAUCGCUGUCGGCAUGAGCAGAGACGCCGUGCGGUUUGGACGCGUGCCGAAGCGUGAGAAGGCGCGCAUUUUGGCGGCGAUGCAGCAGAGUUCAAACUCGCGGUCGCAGGAGAAGGCGGUGGCCGCAGAACUUGAAGAUGAGCAGCGUCUGCUAAGCACGGUGAUCCGUGCUCAUCUUGACACGUGCGACUUUACACGGGACAAAGUGGAACCCAUGCUGGUUCGAGCCCGCGACCAGCCGUCCUACACCGCAUGUCCGCCAACCCUGGCAUGCCCAUUAAACCCAAAUCCACAGCCCCUGACGGGUCAACAAGAACUUCUACAAGACUUCUCAAAGCGGUUCUCGCCAGCUAUCCGCGGUGUCGUAGAAUUCGCGAAGCGCAUUCCCGGCUUUGCGCUCCUGCCACAGGACGACCAGGUGACACUGCUCAAGGCUGGCGUAUUCGAGGUUCUCCUGGUGCGCCUUGCCUGCAUGUUCGACGCUCAGACGAACAGCAUGAUCUGCCUGAACGGGCAGGUGCUCAAGCGAGAGGCCAUCCACAACAGCUCGAAUGCGAGAUUUCUUAUGGAUUCGAUGUUCGACUUUGCCGAGCGGCUAAACUCACUAAGAUUGUCGGACGCCGAAGUCGGUCUUUUCUGCUCGGUGGUGGUUAUCGCCCCAGACCGUCCUGGUUUACGCAACACAGAACUUAUUGAACGAAUGCAGAGCAAGUUGAAGGCGGCUCUGCAGCUCGUGGUGAGUCAGAACCACCCGGGCCACGCCAACAUCUGUCACGAGCUUAUGAAGAAAAUUCCUGACCUGAGGACGCUCAAUACGUUGCAUUCGGAGAAACUGUUGGCCUUCAAGAUGACGGAGCAGCAGCAACAACUUCAACAACAGCAGCAACAACAACAACAACAGCAUCUGUGGGGAGGACCAGCAGAGGAGGAGAGCAACAGUAAGAGUCCUGCGGGUUCCUCAUCGUGGUCUUCGUCCUCUGACGUCACAAUGGACGAAGCGGUGAAGAGUCCUCUUGGCUCUGUAUCCAGCACAGAGUCGGUCUGUUCUGGCGAAGUGGCUUCCCUCACGGAAUAUCAGACUAACCAUCACCAUGUUAGCCAUCAAGCGUCCAGUACACCGCUCCUUGCAGCCACUCUGGCUGGUGGCAUCUGCCCUCAUCGCCAUCGUGCCAACUCUGGCUCAACUUCAGGCGAUGAUGACAUGGCUGGGCUCCCUCACCACACCCAUGGCUUAACCAUCACCGCUGUGAACGGACCCCCUACACGCCAACCCUUAAUACAACAGCAUCAUCACAGAUUCCAGCGGAAACUUGAUUCUCCCAGUGAUUCUGGUAUUGAAUCUGGAACUGAGAAACUAGACAAACUUACUGGUGGUGGAGGAAGUACUGGCAGUGCACCGACUUCAGUAUGUUCCAGUCCAAGGUCAUCACUUGAAGACAAAGACGAUGAUAAGCAUCACAGUGGAAAUUCUGGAAACAACCACAUCGAUGACAUGCCAGUGUUGAAACGCGUUCUUCAAGCACCGCCUCUUUAUGACACAAAUUCCCUUAUGGAUGAGGCUUAUAAGCCGCACAAGAAGUUCCGUGCGUGUCGCAACAAGGAUUCAGCUGAAGCCGAACCAAUGGUGGUUCAAGUAUCGCCUCCCCCACCCCCCCAUCCAGUUCAACCACAGCAUCACUCCUCACCACAACUCCACCUGCAUCUGACUGCAAAUACACAGCAGUCAUCAUCAUCUUCGUCGUCGUCCUCAUCAUCCUCCUCCUCCUCCUCCUCCUCAGCAGCAUCAUUACUAUCCAGCACACAUUCAACCCUCGCGAAGUCAUUAAUGGAAAGUCCUCGAAUGACUGCAGAACAAAUGAAACGCACCGAUAUCAUCCACAACUACAUCAUGCGUGCAGAUAGUCCAAAUCCAAUGGCCAUCGAGUUUCCCCCAUCGGCAACAUCCCCCACUGCAGCAGCGUCCACAACGACAGCACCGGGUUAUAAGAUAACCAAUGGGAACCUUCUUGUCUGUGCUGGCUCGACGCACGGCUCUGGCUACCAUUACAUUCCUCAGCAGCAACAGCAGCAAGUGGUCGGGCGGUGGCAGGGUUCAUCGGGAUUCAGCAAUGGUGCCAGUGUCAUUACCACAACCUCAGGGCGAAGUGCUCCUCCACCACAGACAUACGUUCUUUUGCAGAACAGCUCCAGUGUUAGCCCGCCUGUCCACCAUGCAGAACUGCAGCAAACAGAGUUCUCAAGAAUCUAUUUCCAUCCUAGUAACGCAUUAUCACCGCAUCAUGCAUCAUCGUCAGCAUCACCGUCGCCUCUGCCUCACCGGAAGACGCCACCUGCAGUAGCAUCCUGCCCCACAUCUCCUUCAUCCAACGGUGCAACGCCGUUAGUCAUAUCUUCACCGAAGAUGAUGGAACUCCAAGUGGACAUUGCCGACUCUCAACAGCCGCUCAACCUGUCCAAAAAGUCUCCUUCACCUUCUCCUCAUCCGAUGGCAUCGCCGGCAACGACGGUGACGCACAAGGUCGUCUCGCUGGAGGCUUGAGCCAGAUCACCGGCCCAAUGGACGACCGAUGGACUGUUGAGAUGGUGCAACAGACUCAUUACCACCGACUGCGUGAUAGUACAAAGCCAAACCCUGAAGCCACUGUGACGACAGUGAUUCAAACAUACCAAGGUGUGAACUGUUCAAGAUGACGUUCUCUGUUCCUGCAGUCGCCACCGUGCCAAGAUACAAAACUGUCAGCAGAAAGUGGCGUGGACAAGCUGAUUUACGUUUGAGCGUGGGAAAACGAAAAGGAACAAGCCGAUUUAGGUUUGGGCGUGGGAAAACGUAACAGAACAAGCCGAUUUAGGUUUGGGUGUGAGAAAAAGAACAGACACGUAGUGCGAUGGACAGAUAAUGAGACCGGCAGCAACACGUCUUUAAUUCCAGAAGAUCUUGUUCUGCUAUAAAACCAGUUUUAACUGAUGGUGCCACUUUAACUGUAUUACAAACCAAAUAAUUUAUUAUUUAAUUAAUAAUUAUUAAUUCUAUGUGUUGUUGUGUGAAGUUUAUUAUUAUUAUUACUAUUAUUUAGUGUCAGUCUUAGAUAAUGUUAUAUUCUGAUGUUGUAGUCCGUUUUAGAAGCCGUUAUAGGGCCGUACGUAACUAGUUUGAAGAAAAUGUUUCACUUUUCUCGUCAUCUUUGUACAAGACUCGCGUCUAACGAGUUGAAAUUCCCGCCAUUGUAACUCAGGGAUGAAUGGAUAUUUCUGGGAUGGGGAUGUUUGGUGGUUGGUAGAGAGUAAUAGUUUGGGUGUCAAGGGUUGGAAUGGUGGAAGGCAAGUUUCUGAGCUUUGUAAAUAUUGGACCAAAGGUUAGGUUAUGUUUGGUUAGGCAGGUGUUUCCGUUUUCUUUUACGUUCGUCUUGUUGUUCGCGCGGGGGGAUGAAUGCGGCAGCAUAAUCAGAACGGUUUAAUAAUUACGUAAUUUGUUAAUGCUUGUUAAUAGUUGAGGCAUUUUCCCAGAAAAAUCCAAGAUCCCUCGUUUGCAAAUUUUUUUAUAAAAAAAUGACAAACAAUCAUUAAAUGGCUAUUUAUAAAAUGGCAUCGUGCACCAAUCCUAUUAUAUUGUAUGUGAUAUAUUU